UGAUUUCGUUCCCUACCUGUUUCUACAGAACUUAUUCACCAAAUGGAUGAGCUGAACGACGAGCUGCUAAAGAAGAUCACAAACAAGAAAAUUCAGCCUCCCCACAGGAAUUUCAAAGUGGAAAAGCCUCGGCAAGUUUUUGUGCCCCUCACCUUUGAAUCCAGCACUGAAGAAAUCAAAGCCUGGCUGGAGGCCAAGUCAUUCAGCAAAGAGACCGUGGAACACCUGGGCAUCCUCACUGGAGCUCAGCUCUUCUCCCUCAAUAGAGAGGAGCUGAAGAAGGUGUGUGGUGAUGAGGGAAACAGAGUGUACAGCAAGAUCACGGUGGAGAAAAACCAGCUGGAGAAAAGCAGAGGGGAGUCAGAGCUCCAAGAAAUCAUGAAGCGCCGCCAGGAAAGGAUUGAUUCUGCUAAUUAAAGUCUCUCUGCUUUAUUUCAGCUCUUAGCCCUAAGUAGUGCAGAAAAAAAGGGAAUGAAAGCAAUGAUUCCCGGCCCAGGCCGGAGGCAGCAGAGCUCCCCUUGGGGUCCAGCUGCCAUCAGAGUGACAAUUCCUCGAACACUGUUGGGAAGGGUUGACAAUAAGACCAUAUCCCACUGGGAAAGGUGUUUUAAUUUUGCAUGAAGUAUUUUUUUUAUAACUAUAUAUUUUAUACUGAAAUUUUCCGUGCAUGCGAUCAGAGCAGGAUUCACACGGGGCUGGAUGUACGACAAGGGCUGCAUUCAAAGACCCCCAAAGCUUUUCUCCGAGGGCUGUCCCUGCUCCCACCCCCUCGCUGGCAGGGCAGGCGUGGCACACAGCUCAGGAGAGGCCAGCCUCAAGGCCUGGAGCCUGCACCACGGCAAUAAGGCUUUGGAGCCCUGCAGUGGUUUGGGUGUAAGGAAAGGACAUUAAAGCUCAUCCUGU